GAAGUGCAGGGGUCGGAGUUCGUAGCUAGGAGUUUGUGUUGUGAGCAUACUAGAGAGGGAAACAUGAGUGAAAACCCAGAUUUAGUUGAUUAUUUACAAGAUAGUAAGGCUCCAUACAUACUGAGCAAUGUUGCGGAAGUGGUUGAGAGGAUUCUUACGUUCAUACCAACCAAAUCACUUCUCCGACUCGCCAGUGUGUGCAGACUUUGGAGAAACUGUGCCCGCAGAGUGCUCAGGACUCAGCAGCAGCUGACCUGGGUGUCGGCCUCCGGACAGUCCGGCACAAAGACCCAUGCUCUCAACAGCAUCUUGGCUGAAGAAGUGGAGAACGUGUACCUCUUGCCUAAAACAGUUCUGGUAAUGGCAGAUUCUGAGAUCCUCAAUGGAGAAUCUUUUUGCUACAGACAGAAUAAAGCAAAAAAGAGUCGCAGCAGUCCAGACGCAGAACUGAACCAGUUGUUCCCCAAAGGCUGUGACAUCAUGGGCAUUGCUACACCAGGAAUAGUCUUGACGCCCAGUGGCUCUUGUUCCAACCCUCCCCAGGAGUACCAGGAGGGGGGGGCUGGCUUUGCAAUCAUGUUUCCAGCUGUUGAGGGUGUCCAAAUCCAGCCCUUUCACUUUUGUAAGAAGACUAUCUCCCCAACAGCCCUGAAAGAAGCAGGACUAGUUGACAACCCAGAGUUGCGUGUGGUACUGAUUUUCUUCUGUGAGGCAUAUAAACCAGGAGGAGCACGCUUCCUUAACCAGAUACUAGAGCCACUUGCAAAAAGCAAAGCUCUGAUUGCUGGAGGGCUGGUAGAGAGUGCUUUCUCUCCUCCCAGACAGUGCUGUAGCCAGGGUACAUAUGGUGUGAUGGGCCUGGCCCUGAGUGGGCCUAAAGUUCAGGGGGCAUCUGUGCUCUUGGAGGAAGAUGUCAUCAGUGGAAAAGCAGCUGAAGCCACAAUCCGACGGCUAAAGGCAGCCAAAAUUCCAGAGAAAAACACCUUGGGAUUUAUGUUUGCCUGUGUGGGGAGAGGCCAGAACUACUACAGCAACCAGAGCAAUGUAGAGGCAGACGCUUUUCACAAGGUGUUCCCCAACACCCCGCUCUUUGGUCUGUUUGGAAACGGCGAGAUCGGCUGCGACCGAAUCAUAAAAGAUGACUACACACUGUGUGACACUGACACGGACAGCCUGCAGCACGAGUAUACUACUGUCAUGACCCUGGUCCAUCUAGGCUGAAUGUCCUGCAGUAACAGUCAACACACAGGAUUAAAGAUGACACGUCAUGCUUUUGUUUGUAACAGCAGUCGGGAACAGCAAACAUUAUGUACAAAGUUACGGUCCAGCAAAGAAUAUUGCUGACACCAUUUCUACUCAUAAAGCAGAGCAGUGAUCCCUUUAACUGUCAAUGUAAUGGUAACAUGUGGCAUUGUAUCCCUUGGAGACUGUGUGGAAACCAAGCUUUAUAUUAAAACCAGUGCAGUCACACAGUUCUUCCAUAAAUAUACAAACUCUUGAAAACCCUGAUAUAGCACAUAUGUAAAAAUGCAUUUGUGUAUAUUAGUCAAAUUUCAUAUACAUUCAAGGCACCCCACCCCACAUCAACCUCGUGGACUGUUUGCUUUGCAGGUGAGUAUUCACAAUUGUGUCUCUAAAGCUAGUGUUAAAGUGCCCCAUUUAUGCUCACUUAAUGGACUCAUGUUUAGUUUGGAUCUGAAGAAAUGGGUUUACACGUUCACUUCUUCUCAUCCUAUAUCUUUAAUGCUCUGUUUUAGCUCUUGUGCCUUUUUAAGAGAAGGGUCAAAUGGCCCUGAUUGGUCAGAUGGCAUUAUGAAAAUGAGGCAGUGUUUAUUAUAUAGUAUUUACCGCCAUCAUAAAGGGUUAGCCACAUUAUAAAGACAUUCUGACACAUAACUUUGUGAAUGAUCAUUUUACAUGUAAAUAGCUGAAAUAACAGCUGUUUUCUGUAGCUUAUUAUAUGUAAAGACUGAUUUUUGUUAGAUGUUGCUGCUGUAGCGUCAGUGUUUUAGCAGUGCUAUGCGGCUAGUUGCAAAUUACUUCAAAGUGGUGGCUGCUUUACUUAAUGGGCUCUGUUUGCAUCACUUUUUCAUAGUCAUAUUUGUUAUCUGACAAAAGAACCAAAAAUAUGAAAAGGAGUUCAUUUUUAUUGGGAAUUGUAGUCAUCGAAACAUUUGGUGUGCUUUGCUCAUGGCUGUGGCAUUUUAGCAUAAUUAUUAGACGGAGCUCAUGUGAACCUUUGAUGACCACAAGAAAGCUAGCUGUACCCGGAUGAGUCAGAUGCUCAUUCUUUGUCAACAGGCUAAUACUGUGGCACUGUGCUACAUAAUGACAUAGAUAAGUUGCUAAGCAGGAGUGUUUUCUGUGGGAGCGAGUAACUCCCAGUAUGGAGUGUAACUUUGCAAACCCUAGAAUAAAGUUACAUAAACAGUAUAAUUGGGGCACUUUAAUGUUCUUGAUUCUGCAACGGCACUUUUAAUUCAUGAGUCAGGACCUUCAUCAAGAGGAAAUCUCCUUAUCCAGCAACGGUUUUACCUGUUACCAGUGGAAAAUGUACACACCACUGUAGCCUAUAAGUUCAUACUCAUAAUAUUUACAAUUCAUUUAGGUGCAGGAAGUUCAGAUAGUUUUUUAGGGUCUUUCUUUUUUCCACAUGCUAGAUCAUAUCUGCUACUACCUAUUUCCAGCUGUUAAUUGUUGAGCUUAGUGGCACAUCAGUUAACUUGCUUCUGCGGAUUACAAACCCCAUUUUUAAGUUCAAGAGCAAAUCGGACCAAAUAGCUGCCCUGUUGGAUGUAAGUGACAGACUUACUUUAGUAUUGGCUCUCUUGCAGCGUCUGACUUAAUAAAGCAGGUGUUGAUGGUUGGAAAUUGAAGAAAUGUGAAUUAUUUAUUUAUUUGUUUUUGGGGUGGGGGGGUUCCAUAAUACAUUAGUAUUUCACUAUCUUAAAUAUGAUCGGCUAAAUUUAAGUAAAAAGUAAGGGUCAGAAUUGUACACGCCUUUAGGACUUUAGGCCCUGUCUUUUUGAUACUUUGUUUUCUCAUUGCUUGGAAAAAUACUGACAUAAAGGUGCAAUUUCAAAUUUAUGCUGUGUUGGUCAGGAAGUUGCAUGUUGAAAAUGGAUUAUGUUUUCUGUAAAAACUGCAAUGAUUGUAGUAAGAAUGGCUGUUUUUUAAUGUACAGUACUUUUACUUUUUGAAAAAAAUAUUUAGAGCUUAGUGAAUGUGUUUUCCUUCUUUUGUUGUUCUUUUUUUCA